ACGUACAGCCACUAUUCAGACCUGGUUAAUCGAGCGCUAUUCCGCUGAUAGCUGCCGCUGCAGUCCCGUCCGUUUGCUAACGCACUGGGACAAAAACUGAGACCUCAAUAUGUUUUUGUCUGCUGCUGUUCGGUCUGCUGUGUCGCACACGGCCAGACAGGUUAGGAGUCUGCAUCGGUCUGCUGCACGGGCUGGAGCUGGUGGCAUCUUUGUGCACAGAGAUACACCUGAUAACAACCCUGAUACUCCUUUUGAAUUCACAGAGGAGAACAAAAAGAGGAUUGAGGCCAUCAUUUCAAUGUAUCCUGUUGGACACAAGCAAGCAGCCACCAUCCCUGUUUUGGAUUUAGCUCAGAGGCAACAUGGAUGGCUCCCUAUCUCUGCCAUGAACAAGGUCGCUGAAGUGCUGGAAGUCCCUCCAAUGAGAGUGUAUGAAGUUGCGACAUUCUAUACAAUGUUCCUCCGUCAGCCUGUGGGAAAGUACUUCAUUCAGAUCUGCACAACAACACCGUGCAUGCUCUGCAACUCAGACAGCAUUCUGGAAGCCAUCCAAAACAAACUGGGUAUCAAGGUUGGUGAGACUACUCCAGACAAAAUGUUCACUCUUAUAGAAGUGGAAUGCCUUGGUGCCUGUGUGAAUGCUCCCAUGGUCCAAAUCAACGACAACUAUUAUGAGGACCUCACACCGAAGGACAUUGAGGAUAUAAUUGAUGAACUUAAAGCAGGCAGAGUGCCACCACCAGGGCCCAGGGGUGGGCGUUUCUCCUGUGAGCCUGCAGGUGGAUUGACUUCUCUCACAGAGCCUCCCAAAGGGCCUGGUUUUGGUGUAAGAGCAGACCUCUAGACAUUUGAGAUCAUCAUCUGUCCCUGAACGUGAUAUAAAGUUUAACUCAAGCAUAUUGUGUAAAUAAAUUGUUCAUGUACAUGUGC